AAUAUCCUAAGUUUACUUUUUUUCAGUUCGACUUGGAGUAAGUUUUAUUAUUAUUCUUGUUCGAAUAAGUUUUUCUUUUUCUGUUCCAAGUCAACAUUCAAUUACAAUCAACAUCAUUAUCAUCACCAUCUUAUCAUCAUCAACAAUCAUAACCAUCAGUAAUCAUCAUCAACAGAAACAAACAAACAAAAAACAAACUUUCAUCAUCUAAUAAAAACAUAAACAACAAUAAUAAUCAUCAAAUCAUUUUAGUUUAAAUUAAGUUAAUUUGUAGCAAUAAACAACAACAAAAAAAACCCUCAACACAAUCACAAUGAUUUGUGAUAAGUUUAAUUUAAAUUGUGUAACCAAUACUUUGAUCAAAUGGAUUAUAUUGAUUGCUACCACGAUCAGUUUAAUACUAAUCAAUGGUGAUCAUGUUGUGUACACUUCACCCACAGUCUCACUCUCCCCACCACCACCACCAUCACCACAACCUCCAUCAUCAACAUCAACAACACCAACAAUAGCAACAAAAACAACCACUGCCAAUACCAUCAGCCAAACCAAAUCAUCAAGUACCGGUGUUAUCAACGGUAAAGAUAACGGUAUUAAUGAUAUCGGUGUGAUAACAGGUAAAAGUAAAAAGAGUGCCAGAGGCAGUGGGACUUUGGGUGGGCCAAAGGGAAGUACCAAAUCGGCCCGAGCCCCCAAAACCCUUUACACUGCCGGAUUUUUCCCGCUCAACUCGAAAAUACCGGAAGGUUCAAUAGGCCGGGGUGUUAUGCCGGCGGUAAACUUAGCACUUAAACAUAUCAACGCUGAUCCAACGAUACUUUCAGGAUACACUCUUGACAUUGUACCCAAAGAUACUGAGUGUGAUCCAGCGGUUGGAAUGAAAGCUUUUUUUGAUAUGAUCCAUGGAGAUCCAAAGAAACUGAUACUUUUUGGUGACGCCUGUACCUCCGUUACCGACCCAAUUGCAAAAGCGUCCAAAUUUUUUAACCUUAUUCAGCUUUCAUAUGCAGAUACACAUCCAAUGUAUACUUCCGAAAGUUAUCCCAAUUUUUACCGAGUUGUGCCAAGUGAGGCCGCUUUUAAUCCAGCGCGUUUAGCUUUACUCCAACGUUUUAACUGGACCAAAGUGGGGACACUUUAUGAAAAUCAUCCAAGAUAUAGUUUGCCUCAUAGUAAAUUGCUCACAGAUUUAGAUAAAGUUAAUAUCAAAUUUAAAUUCACUCAAAGCAUUUCUGAAGACAUUCAACUUGGAAUUGAAAAGCUCAAGGCUGAAUCUGUCCGAAUAAUAUUGGGAAAUUUUGGUGAAGAUUUUGCCAGGAAAAUAUUCUGUGAGGCUUAUAAACAUGACCUUUAUGGACGAAAAUAUCAAUGGAUAAUAUCGGGUGGCUACCGAGAUCGAUGGUGGGAGUCAGAGGGUGAGAAUGCAUCUGAUUGUACAAAUGAAGAGUUGGUUCAAGCUCUUGAAGGUUAUAUAGCCACCGAUGUUCUGACCUUAUCCAGUUCAAAGGAUAUAACAGCCUCAGGUUUGACUGCAUCUCAAUAUGAGAAAGAAUAUGAUUUAAAAAGGGAUCAAGAGUUUAGUAAAUUUCACGGGUACGCAUACGAUGGUAUGUGGACCAUAGCAUUUGCCUUGGAAAAUGUGAUAUCAAAACUUUCGGACGAAAAUUUUCAAAAUUCCAAAGAACCAGAUAAACCAUUGAACAAAAAUCGAAAAUUGAAAAUUGAAGAUUUCGAUUACAAGAAUCGCAAUGGAACAGUUCAAUGGGCAGAUAUUUUUCGUUCAGCCUUAAAUGAAACCUUUUUCAUUGGAGUAACGGGAAAUGUUUCUUUCGAUGGUAAUGAAAGACGAGGAAGUAUUUUGCUCAAACAAUUUCAAGAUGGACGUGAGGUCAAGAUUGGUGAAUAUCAUUCGACAACCGAUGUUCUUGAUCUUGAAGUUGGUGAAAACAUCUCAUGGAGAGGCGGAAGUGGACCUCCUGUAGAUGAGAUAAUUAAAAUAACUGUCGCUUCAAGAAUUAGCCUUACCCUUUUUAUUGUGAUAUCGGUUUUCGCCGUAAUGGGAAUUAUCCUUGCCUUGGUCUUCCUUUCAAUGAACAUUAAAUAUCGUAAACAAAGAUAUAUCAAAAUGUCCAGUCCUUAUUUGAACAAUUUAAUUAUAAUCGGAUGCAUAUUAACUUAUACCAGUGUGAUACUAUUGGGACUGGACAGUCGCCUUUUAAGUGAAGCCAAUUUCCCCUACAUUUGUGCUGCUCGAUCUUGGGUUCUAAUGUCCGGUUUUACCCUUGCCUUUGGAUCAAUGUUCAGUAAAACUUGGAGGGUUCAUGCAAUUUUCACCAAUAUCAAAUUAAAUAAAAAGGUUAUUAAAGAUUACAAGCUAUUCAUGGUCGUUGGUAUACUUGUAUUCAUUGAUGUUGCUACCUUGACCACUUGGCAAAUCGUUGACCCUUUUUACAGGGGAACCCAUUCAGGAAUCCCGAAGCCUUCACCCGAAAAUGAAGAUGUUCAUAUUGUACCUCAAAUGGAAUUCUGUGAUAGUAAGAAAAUGACCAUCUUCCUUGGGUCAAUCUAUGUUUAUAAAGGACUUUUAAUGGCUUUCGGGUGUUUUCUUGCUUGGGAAACUCGUCAUGUCUCAAUUCCUGCUCUUAAUGACUCCAAAUAUAUUGGAAUGUCCGUUUACAAUGUGGUCAUUAUGUGCGUAAUCGGUGCUGGACUCUCGUUCGUACUCAAGGAACAACAAGAUGCUGCUUUCGUUAUUAUAUCAAUAUUUAUAAUCUUCUGUUCAACUGCCACCCUUUGUUUGGUGUUUGUACCCAAGGUAAGAUUGCUGAUUGAAUUGAAGCGUAAUCCUGAUAUGGAUGAGAGAAGAUCCCGUCCAACCUUGAAGCCAUUGAAAAAAUCGAGGAAAGAAUCAGAUGAAAUGGAGCUUCAUCAACGAAUCAAAGUUCUAACCGAAUUUAAUACUCGACAACGGCAAAGGUUAAAAGAGAAAACAUUUGAACUCGAAGCUCUCAUGUUCAGAUUACGACAAUAUGGAAUAGAAAUGGGCACAAAUAACGAGGAAAUAAUAAUAAAACCUAAGGAGCCACCGAGAACAUUACCUUCCACCAUCACCUCAACUUCAACCACAACAACAACUACAGUUACCGAAACAGUUACUUGCUCUUCCUCAUCAGGAUCUAAUCUCUUACCUGGGAUUAAAAAGCUUUCAGCUGAUAAACAAAUUUGCCUUCUAUUAGCUGAGAAAGAUUCAUCAACGUUCACCCGAAGUGAAAAAGACACAUCGUUCAUUUCUCUAUCAGCAUCAAUAUCGUUGGUCAGUGGAUCAGUCGAAGAAUUAAUCUCAUCGAUUGGAAAUCAUUCUAAUCGUAAAUCUCAUAACCAUUCAUGUCCAGAGCUUCCAAAAGGUGGGGAGGGUCGUGGUUCAGUGGGAGGAGGGGCAGGGGGAGGAUUGACUGGUAAUAGUAAUGACGAUUCAUCGAUAACUGGAUCAGCAACAAAUGUCCAUAAUAAUAGUAGCAAUAAUAAUAAUGUCCGUCGACGUAAGGUCAACUCAAUUGACUCUAAAUUUAGUUCAACAAUUAAAGACAUGAUUGAUAACGAUAAUGGUAAUAAACUUCAAAAACCAUCAACCUCAUCAACUCCUAGUGAUUUAGUCAAAGAUGAUUAUGAACUAUCAGAUGAUGCUAUUGCUGAUGACGAUGAUGAUGAUGAUGAUGACGAUGAAAGUGAUGAAGAUGCGGAAAAUGAAAAAGUCCAUAGGAAAAGCACAAUAAUCAACGUAAAUGAUACACAAUUACCGAUAAACAUUAUAUCAAAUUCCGAUAGUCUUUUACCUGUUGAACAGAUGAAAACCUUGACCUCUAAUUCACCUAUGACAACACCUACAUUGACCUUGUCCACUGGUGGUAAAGUUUUACUUGCUCAUAAUAAUUUAAUAUGUGAUGAAACCUCUUACUCAAUGGCAAUAAAAGCUUCACUUCAUGGUGGUCACUCAAAUGGUCAAGGUUAUAAUGGUUUCUGUUCAUCAUGUGAAGAAGACGAUACCGAGAAAGGUGAUCAAACAGCAACUCUUUCUGAAGAAAGUGACCAAUCAUUUAAACCAGAUUUCAAUCCUCGACGGACCAAAAGCCUUUCAGCCAUAACCUACAAACCUGAGACCAGUAAACUUGGUGGUCAUCCUAGUGGUCACAAUGGUAACAAUAGUAAUAACAAUAAUAAUGUGGUCAGUUUGGUUGACAAUGGUUCUGUUAGCCUUUCAAAAGGGACAUUACUUGUUCACCCUGUAUUUCCGUUCCUUAGCCAAUUGACCAAGAAAAAUAUCAAUCCUGUUAAUCCUUCUGAUCCAAAUUCUGAUUAUCAUGCAUCACCUUAUUGGCCGAUGUUUUCAUCAUAUCCAUCAAUCAAGUGCGAUAUUGUUGAAUACCUUUAAUAUUAUUCAAGAACCAAUAACAAUUUAAUAUAAUAAAUAAACUGCUCACAACAACAAUUAACAUUUUAAUCAAUUAGACUGAAAAUGCAACAAAGAAAAACUUUAUAUCAACAAUUGGCUAUAAUAAUACAAGAUUUACGAUCUAAUAGUAAUAUGAAACAAUUUGUUAACUUGUUUUCUCAUUUUAAAUUGUAAAUUGAAUCAAAUUGUAAUCUAAUUGUAAACAAUCAAAUCGUCUAAAAGAGAGAAAGAGAGAAAUUGAUUCGUUACCAUGUAAAUUUGUUGAAAUUUUCUCAUUUAAAUGUGAUUAGAACUCUCAUCUUUAUCCCCCUGUGA